AUGUUUUCUAGAUUCUUCCACAAAUCAUCACCACAACAGUCCGCACAGGAAAGGAACGUGGUGCAAAGUAGUUUUUCAUUGGCGAAAUUCGAUCCGCGAGUUGUUCUUCACUAUGGAGUUCCAUCGAAUGCGUCUAUCCUUGCUUUUGAUCGCGUUCAACGUCUAUUGGCAGUAGGAACACUUGAUGGUAGGAUAAAAGUAUUUGGCGGUGACAAUAUUGAAGGGAUUAUGAUCUCUCCUAAGCAAACAUCCUUCAAGAAUUUAGAGUUCUUGGUAAAUCAAGGUUUUCUUGCUAGCGUUUCAAGUGAUAAUGAAAUACAGGUUUGGGACUUGAGAAACAGGCAAAUUGCAUCUGCUUUGCAGUGGGAAUCCAUAAUAACUUCUUUCUCUAUUAUAUACGGCACAAGUUACAUGUUAGUUGGAACUGAGCAUGGGUUGGUGUACGUGUUAAAGUUUGAUUUGGAAGGCAGACAAAUUGAUAUAUUACCUUAUUAUGUUCCCACAAAUGUUAUAUCCGAAGCUGUUGGAAUGUCACUUGAUCAUGUUUCAGUUGUCAGAGUUCUUCAUCAACCCUGUUCUAAUGGAAAGAGACUGUUGGUGGUGUAUGAGAAUGGUGUGAUGGUACUAUGGGAUGCUUUAGAAGAUCAAAUUAUUCUCAUCAGAGGCCAUAAGGAUAUCAAAUUGAAGAUAAAGCAAGUGCCUAGUUAUUCAGAUGAGCCUAAGGACAAACAUUCUGAAGAUAAAUUAGAGCUUGAAGAAGAUAAGGAAAUAAGCUCUGUUUCUUGGGCAUCUAAUGAUGGAUCAGUUGUCGCAGUUGGUUAUGUAGAUGGUGAUAUAAUGUUUUGGGAUUUGUCAACUGCUGACUCUCCAAUAGAUCAAGAAGAUAAAAAAACGUCAAUUAAUGUUAUCAAGCUUCAAUUAUCAUCGGCAGAUAGAAGGCUCCCUAUUAUUCUUCUUCACUGGUGCACCAAUAAAUCUUUGAGCAGCAGUGGGGGUGAACUUUUUGUCUAUGGUGGUGAUGAAAUUGGGUCUGAAGAAGUUCUGACAGUUUUGAGCAUUGACUGGUCUUGUGGAAUAGAAAGUCUCAAGUGCACUGGCCGCAUUGAUGUUGCACUUCGUGGUUCUUUUGCUGAUAUGGUUUUGUUGUCUAGUGAUUGCCAUGCAGAAGGAGAUUGUAAUAUGCUAUUUGUAUUGACAAAUCCUGGACAACUGGAUCUUUACGACAAUAAUUGUUUAUCUUCUUUGAUGUCUGAGCAAAAAAGGAAGACUUCUUCUCCCACAAUGCAAUAUACCGUCAUCAUUCCCACUCUUGAACCGCAGAUGACAACAGCAAGGCUUGAUGUUGUAUGCCAGGAUAUGAAGUUAUUUACGGCCCUGUCUGAGAUUCUUGUAGUAGCAAAGCAGCAUUCAUUACCAAAUCAGACAAGUAUGGAGAUGAAGUGGCCUCUGACUGGUGGCGUUCCAGGUCAGCUUUUCAAAGAAGACCAUCUUAUCAUUCAAAUAUACAUAGCAGGUUACCAAGAUGGAUCUGUUCGGAUAUGGGAUGCUUCAUAUCCUGCUCUGUCACUUGUUUACAACAUAAAACCCGAGGUGAAUGAUGUUAAAAUGGGCAGUGCAAGUUCACCAGUGUCAGCAUUGGAUUUCUGCCCGGAAACUCUCCAUCUGGCUGUUGGUGGUGAAAGUGGUGUUGUUCGUCUAUAUGGGCUAAUAAGGAGUUCAGAUGACACAACUUUGCAUUUUGUGACAGAAAAUGGAACUAAUGUUCAUAAUGUGAAUCAAGGGGAUGGACCUUAUUGCAAAGCAGUGUUUUCCCUUCAAAACUCGGCUGUAUGUGGGUUACAGUUUGCAAAUCAUGGAGGGAAGCUUGCAGUUGGAUAUGAAAAUGGGCAGGUGGCCAUGCUUGACACAAUUACAUCAUCAAUUAUGUUUCUUACAAGUGCUGAAUCUGACACAUCUUCAGCAGUAGUUUCUCUGAAAGUAAAAUCUUCAGACACUUCUAGCUUAAACAUUUCACAGGAAUCUGUAUCGGAUAUUUCUGACAACUCUGGAAAAGGGCUAAUCUUUGUUAUGACAAGGGAUGCACACUUUGUUGCCAUAGAUUCUGAAACAGGGAAUAUGGUUUGUAAUAGGUCAAUACACCCAAAAGUAAAGUCAAAUGCAAUUUCAAUGCACAUUAUAGAUGGUACUUCUGAACUAUCUGCUGAAAAAUUGCAAUCCGGGUCACCUCAGAAGAAUGGUUCUGAAACGCAAGCUAACAUGCAAUCCGAAAAUACACAAGACAAAGUUGAGACUACUACUACCAUAGAAAAUUCAUAUUUUGGGAAGAAAGAAAGCUUGCUCGUUUUAUUUUGCUAUGAGAAUGAAUUGAGCUUACAAUCUUUAAAUUGUGUGAUUGAGGGUAGCACUAAGUACACAUUGAAGGUGCAUCUUGUACAACAGUGCUGCUGGACUACCAUCUUCAAAGAUGACAAAGAAUAUGUUCUAGCUGUUCUGUACCAGACUGGGGACAUUGAACUAAGGUCCUUACCAACUCUGGAAGUGUUGGGAGAAAGCUCUUUAAUGUCAAUCCUAAGAUGGAACUUGAAGACCGACAUGGAGAAGACAAUAUGCUCUUCAUCAAAUGGACAAACAAUUCUGGUCAACGAAAAUGAAGCUGCUUUCUUAUCACUGUUGCCCUGCAAAAAUGAAUUCUGGAGUCCAGAGUCUUUUCCUUCUCUUCAUGAUGAAGUUCUUGCAGCCGCAGUAGAUGUUAUUGAGAGCAUAUCUCCAACCCAAAAUGAAAAACAGGGAGUACAUGCUAUCUUCCAUAAUAUAGCCAAGAAUUUCAAAGCAAAGAAAACCGAUCACGAUACAGAUCAAGCAGUUCAUAAUAAUUAUUUGGAAAAUUUGGAACGAUGUUUCUCCAGUCCUCCAUUUUUAAAGCCUUCUUCAGGUACCGAAGAUAGGUUGGAUGAUUUUGAGCUUGACAUAGAUGAAAUUCAUAUUGAUGAACCUAUGGCCUUUUUAUCUCAUCAGAAAAUCCAUGUUGACAAGAAAGAAAAAGCAAAAGAAACUGACAGACAAAAGUUACUUGAGGAAUCAACCACCGACUCAAAACCAAAAGCUAGAACAACAGAAGAAAUUAAGGCAAAAUACAGAAAGACUGGGGAUGCCGCUACAGCAGCUGCCCUUGCAAGGGACAAGCUUGUAGAGCGGCAAGAAAAACUCCAGUUGCUCAACGAACGUACUGAAGAGUUGCAGAAUGGGGCACAAGACUUUGCUUCCAUGGCAAGUGAACUUGCUAAACGAAUGGAAAAUCGUAAAUGGUGGCAGCUAUAA